AUGUCUCCAGGAUCCUACCAGUGGAACAAGGGCCAAGUUGUGAUCCUCCAGCAUUAUUUUGUUUCUGGUGCUGGGGUGAUGCUGCUAGCUGCUAGCAUAGCAUACACAAUUUCUACAUCCCUUGCUCUCUUCUUGCAUGUUCUCUGCUACCAUGAUGACUUCACUAACAACACAUGCACAUUUUUUACCAAAGACUUCAACCUUCCCCAUACUCCAGAACCAAAUCCUCCACAGUUGGAAGGAGAAUACUUUGGGAUGGAUGAUGAUCUUGAGUGGCAAGGGCUCAAUGGCCAGAUGAACUUCAAUGAUUGUGGUGAUCUCACAGAUGAGGAGCAUUCAGAUGAUGGCAGGGACAAUGAUGGCUUCAAUGAGUGGGAACCUCCUCCAGCACAAGGGCCUCAUUCCACAUGCCUUAAUGGUAGUGAAUCCAGCAACUCAGAAUUACCUUGCAUCCCUGAUAUGCCAGAAGACUCAAACACUGAUAACAUCUAUGCUCCAUUCACCUCAAAAAUUGAUUGGGAAAUGGCUCAGUGGGCAAAAUUACAAGGUCCCAGUUCAACUGCAUUUUCAGAUCUUCUGUCUAUUGAGAGUACCCGAGAUCUUUGGGUCCUUGACAGUCUUACCCAUUGUCCCACUAUCUCCAUGACUUUGAAGCACAAGAAAGCUGCUGUCGCUCGUGCAUGA